AUGGCACAAAAAAUAUUAGAAGCAUUAACCCAACUCCUAAAAAAAGAUGAAAGGCUAGUAGUAGACGGUAAACUUGCCAAAAAUAAAAUUAUUGAAUUAGCACUUCAAUUAGAUUUAAGGCUUCUGAAACUUCUCAAAUCUUCCCCCGAAAUCAAGAAAAUAUUUUUCCAAGAGGUUGACGACAUACUGGUUUUCGAUAAAAUAAAGCUUCAGAGUUUUAUUUCUAAUAAGCAAUUUCUCCCGGAUAGUUUUACUGCCUACAAAAAUAAAAUAGGCUUGUCGUCUGAUAGGCAAUACUUAACCGAUAGCGGAGAAGUUGUGUUAGUUUGA